AUGUCUCGGCGCAAGCAGGCCAAGCCCCAGCAUCUCAAGUCGGACGAGGAGCUGCCGCCGCCGGACGGGGCUCCCGAGCACGCAGCCCCCGGGGAGGGUGCCGAGGACGCGGACAGCGGCAACGAGAGCCGGAGCGGAGGCGAGGACACACACGUGUGCGAGAAGUGCUGCGCCGAAUUCUUCAAGUGGGCUGACCUGCUGGCGCACAAGGAGGCCUGCACCAAGAACCCGCUGGUGCUAAUCGUGGGCGAGGAUGAGCCCGCCCCGCCCUCCGAGGACUUCCCCGAGGCGUCCCCGGCCAGCUCGGCCAGCGAGCGCGCGGACAGCGAGGCCGCCGAAGAGACAGCGGCGGCGGCGGCAGCGGCCCCGGAGGGCGGGGAGGCCGCGGAGGCGAGGGCGCCGGAGCGGGAGGACGAGCCCAUGGAGGUGGGCGCGCCCGCGGACAAGGGCUUCCAGGGCCCGGGCGCGGCGCAUGUGGGGCAGCCGCCUCCGCCGCCAGGCCCCGAGCCAGCCCCCGGGGCGGCCUACGGCAUGCCCAGCACCAACGUGACCCUGGAGACCCUCCUGAGCACCAAGGUGGCCGUGGCGCAGUUCUCGCAGACCUCGCGGGCCGCGGGCGCGGCGGGCCCGGGCGGUGGCGUGGCGGCCGCCGCGCUCCCGCUGAUCCUGGAGCAGCUCGUGGCCCUGCAGCAGCAGCAGGUGCAGCAGCUGCAGCUCAUCGAGCAGAUCCGCAGCCAGGUGGCCCUCAUGAGCCGCCCGCUGCCGCCCUCCCGGCCGCCGCUGCACCCCGGGCCGGCCGCGCACCCCACCCUGCCACUCUCGGCCGGCGCCGGCCCCGCGGCCACGGCGCAGGGACCCGCCGCCCCGCCGGCGGCCUACGAGGGCCCCCAACACCUGGCCACGCCGGCGUCCACAGCCAGCAGCACCCCGCACGUCGCGGGCGGAGGCCCCUCGGCGCCGGAGCUCGGCGCCCCCGCGUGCUCUGGCGCCCCCGCGACCUCCACGGCCUCCGCCCCAGCAGCCGGCGCCUCAGGGGGCGCCUCCCGGCCACAGAACGCCCCCACGCCCCCCGCCCUGGGGCCCGGGCCGCUGCUCAGCUCCGCGCCCAGCCUGCCAAGCCCACUGCUACCUCAGACCUCCGCCAGCAGCGUCAUCUUCCCCAACCCGCUGGUUAGCAUCGCGGCCACGGCCAACGCGCUGGACCCCCUGUCGGCCCUCAUGAAGCACCGCAAGGGCAAGCCCCCCAACGUGUCGGUGUUCGAGCCCAAGGCCAGCACUGAGGACCCCUUCUUCAAGCACAAGUGCAGGUUCUGCGCCAAAGUGUUCGGGAGCGACAGUGCCCUGCAGAUCCACCUUCGCUCGCACACGGGCGAGCGGCCCUUCAAGUGCAACAUCUGCGGGAACCGCUUCUCCACCAAGGGCAACCUGAAGGUGCACUUCCAGAGACACAAGGAGAAGUACCCCCACAUCCAGAUGAACCCCUACCCGGUGCCCGAGUAUCUGGACAACGUGCCCACCUGCUCCGGGAUUCCCUACGGGAUGUCGCUGCCGCCAGAGAAACCGGUCACCACCUGGCUGGACAGCAAGCCGGCGCUGCCCACUGUGCCCACUUCGGUGGGGCUGCAGCUCCCGCCCACCCUCCCGGGUGUGGGCGUCAGCAGCUACGUGGACUCCCCCAGCCUCACCCCCGCCAGCCGCUCCCCGCAGCGGCCCUCGCCCGCGUCCAGCGAGUGCCCCUCUUUGUCCCCAGGCCUGACCAGCUCCGAGGCAGGCGUCCCGGUGGCUGCGGGAUCCCCACAGCCGGCGCCCGGUGGAUCUUCCCUGCCCAAGACCGAGCCUGUGAGCCUGCCCUGCACAAACGCCAGGGUAGGGGACCUCCCGGCCACGGCGGGGCAGGUCUCCACCGCAUCUGCCCUGGCGGACAGCGGCGCAUCCCCAGGCCUCUGCAGCCCGGUCCUCCCGGCCGGGGCCGAGCCGUUUAAGGCCAAGUUCCCCUUCGGAGGGCUGCUCGACUCUAUGCAAACGUCCGAAACCUCCAAGCUGCAGCAGCUGGUGGAGAACAUAGACAAGAAGAUGACAGACCCCAACCAGUGCGUCAUCUGCCACCGCGUGCUGAGCUGCCAGAGCGCCCUGAAGAUGCACUACCGGACGCACACGGGCGAGCGGCCCUUCAAGUGCAAGAUCUGCGGGCGUGCCUUCACCACCAAGGGCAACCUGAAGACGCACUUCGGCGUGCACCGCGCCAAGCCGCCCCUGCGCGUGCAGCACUCCUGCCCCAUCUGCCAGAAGAAGUUCACCAAUGCCGUGGUGCUUCAGCAGCACAUCCGCAUGCACAUGGGGGGCCAGAUCCCCAACACGCCGCUGCCCGAGGGCUUCCAGGACGCCAUGGACGCCGUGCUGCCCUACGACGACAAGGCCGCCGACGCCCUGAGUGCCUGCGACGACGACAUGGACGACAACUCCCUGGAGGAUGACGCCGAGCUGAAGGACGUGGCUGGCGACCCGAACAAGCCGCUGCUGGCCUUCUCAGGCUCCUGCCCGCCCUCCCCGCCUUCCGUCAUCUCCAGCAUCGCCGCCCUGGAGAACCAGAUGAAGAUGAUGGACUCGGUCAUGAGCUGCCCCCAGCUGAGCGCCCUCAAGUCCCUGGAGAAUGGGUCUGGGGAGAGCGACCAUCUGAGCAACGACUCGUCCUCAGCCGUGGGCGACCUGGAGAGCCGGAGUGCGGGCAGCCCGGCCCUGUCUGAGUCGUCCUCCUCCUUGCAGGCCCUGUCACCCGGGAACAGUAACAGUGAGAGCCUGCCCUCCAAGUCCCCGGGCCUUGGCGCCCAGGAGGAGCCCCAGGAGACCCAGCUGAAGACGGAGAAGCCGGACAGCCCGCCCCCUGGCCCCGAGAAUGGAGGGGCGCUGGACCUGACAGCCACCCACCCGGGCCGGCCGGCCAUCAAGGAGGAGGCCCCCUUUAGCCUGCUGUUCCUGAGCCGCGAUCGGGGUAAGUGUGCGAGCACUGUGUGUCUUGUGUGUGCCAAGCCCUUUGCUUGCAGGAGCGCCCUGGAGAUCCACCUCCGCAGCCACACCAAGGAGCGGCCGUUUGUGUGUGCGGCCUGCGGGCGCGGCUGCUCCACGCUGGGUAACUUAAAGCAGCACUUACUGACCCACAGGUUGCGAGAGCUGCCUCCCCAGUUGCUUGACCCCAACUUUGCUCUAGGUCCCGGCCAGGGCACCCCGAGCCUGGGCCCUGGCUCCACGCCCACCACCAUCAAAACGGAAGUGAAUGGGCACAGCAAGGCCAGCCUGCUGGCCGAGGGUCCGCUGCUGCCGGCUGCCGUCCAGGUGCCCCCCGGGCCCCCGACGGUGAUGAGCCCCGGCCUCGCGCCCAUGCUGGCCCCCCCACCGCGCCGGACCCCCAAGCAGCACAACUGCCAAUCGUGCGGGAAGACCUUCUCCUCGGCCAGCGCCCUGCAGAUCCACGAGCGCACCCACACUGGGGAGAAGCCGUUUGGCUGCACCAUCUGCGGGAGAGCCUUCACCACCAAGGGCAACCUCAAGGUGCACAUGGGCACCCACAUGUGGAACAACGCUCCCGCCAGGCGUGGCCGCCGCCUGUCGGUGGAGAACCCCAUGGCCCUGCUGGGCGGCGACGCCCUCAAGUUCUCAGAGAUGUUCCAGAAGGAUCUGGCCGCACGGGCCAUGAACGUGGACCCCAGCUUUUGGAACCAGUACGCCGCUGCCAUCACCAACGGGCUGGCCAUGAAGAACAAUGAGAUCUCCGUCAUCCAGAACGGAGGCCUCCCCCAGCUCCCCGUAAGUCUCGGGGGUAGCGCCCUCCCCCCGCUGGGCUCCCUGGCCGCCGGGCUGGACAAGGCGCGUCCAGGCAGCAGCCCGCCCAUCGCAGGGCUGGACAAAGCCAACUCGGACACAGGAGGCAGCCGGCCGUUCACACGGUUCAUUGAGGAUAACAAGGAGAUUGGGAUUAACUAG